AUGAUAAGCAGAGCUUCUUCUACAUGUAUAACUAGUCACUGGUUAUCAAAUGUUACUGUUUCACUAAAAAGAGUACGAUUUUUAUGUUUUUCAGGAAUAAGAAGAGCUCCUCUUAAACUACGUGAUUAUCAAGUUGAAGCCAUAGACUCAGUACACAAUGCAAUAUCAAGGGGUAUAAACCGUUCUGCAGUAGUAUUAGCAACUGGUGGUGGUAAAACAGUUGUUUUUUCUCAUCUAAUUCCUCAAAUAAAGCCAUCAUCACCAGAUAGAGGUAACAAAACUUUGGUUCUUGCUCACAAGGAAGAAUUGGUUAGACAAGCAGCUGACUCAAUUUCAGAGAUGAAUCCCGAUUUGAAAGUUGAUAUUGAUAUGAGACGACUUAAACCAUCUUCUAAUGCAGAUGUUAUUGUAGCUUCUGUUCCCACUUUAAUUAGAAUGAGCAGGCUAUCCAAAUACGACCCAAAGGAGUUUAAAACAAUUAUACUCGACGAAUGCCACCAUGCUCCAGCAAAUUCUUGGUCAAAGAUAUUACGAUACUUCGAUGCAGAUUCAGCGCAACUGCAGAUUUAUGUUAUAGGAUUUACGGCUACUAUGGAAAGAAGCGAUGGAAAAUCUUUGGCAGAAAUCUUCGACGAAAUAGUCUUUGAAAGAAAUUUAUUAGAAAUGGUACAGAACAAAGAAUUAGCGGAUGUAAAAUUUUCGUCUAUUGACGUAGAUGUGGAUUUAGCUAAGGUAGCUACAAAGAAGAAUGAUUAUGAAAUAAACAGUUUGUCGCAAGCUAUGAAUGAUUCAGAAGUGAACCUCUUGGUCGCUUUAUCUUAUUCACAGCUACGGAAAGAAUUUAAAUUUAAAUCGACCUUAAUAUUUUGUGUUGAUAUUAGUCAUUGUAAAACACUUUGUGGGGUACUCCAACGAGAGGGAAUAAAUGCUCAGUAUGUAACAGGAGAAACUGCUAAGCAUGAAAGACAAGCAAUAAUUGAGGACUUCAAGAAUGGCUUAAUUGAAGUCUUAUGUAACGUUCAAGUUUUUACAGAAGGAACUGACAUGCCAAAUAUUGACUCUCUAUUUUUGGCAAGACCAACUAAAUCAAGGCCAUUGUUGGUCCAGAUGAUUGGUAGAGGCUUGAGGUUACAUAAAUCUAAAACACAUUGUCAUGUAGUAGAUAUAGCUGGAACUCGUGGUACUGGAAUUCAGUCUGUUCCAACGUUGUUUUCUCUACCCCCAGAUUAUAUUAUUCAUGGUAAGUCAUAUGAAGAAUUAGUCAAGGAAAAGGAGGAAUAUGAUGAGGAGAUGGAAAAGAUAAGAAAGGAGGAAAUAUUAGAAAGAGAAAGAAAUUGCCGUCUUGAAGAACUUGCUACACAUAAUAAAAUGAACGAGUUGAAGAUGAAAAGUGAAGAGGUGAAUUUAAAAUUCAAGACCUUUGAUGGCUUUAUGGCAUUGGAAGCUCACGACUCUAAAGAGUAUCAAAUGAAUAAAAACAUUGAUUCUAAAUUUAGAUCCAAUCGUCUUAGUUGGAUCAAAUUAGCCUUUGAUAUGUGGGGCCAUCAACUUGGUAAUGAUGACUUUUAUUUAGUUAAAAAGUGCUACCUGCUGAACGAUGACAAUGGGGUAUAUUUUCGGUUAACUUUAAAUAAAUUUGCCUCUCAUCAGCAACGAGUGGCCAGUCAGUACAAAUGCGGAAAGACAUCUCUUAUAUCAGAGAUUAUGGUGGAUCUGAAUUUACAAUCCGUAUUAGCUAAAGCUGAAACUUUUAGUUCUCAAUUCGAAAAGAAAUUCUUCAAGAAUUUCAGUAAUUCAACAGCUGUAUCUGAUAGGCAACAUACUUUUCUUUAUACGAAAUUAUCCAAACGAGCGAGACUGAGUUAUGAUUUUACACCAGAUUUACAACAGAAAUUAGCACAGGGUUUGAAAGGCUUUACAAAAGAAAGAGCAUCAAAUUUAAUAUUUGCACAUAAAUAUUCUCUGCUGGCACUUUGGGUGAAAUGGGAGCUCCAAAAGUUGUUAGGGCCCGAUAAAAAAUCACAAACUUCCCUCAAAAAAAUUGUAAAUAGUGGCAGAUCUCAUCAUAUAUUAAAUCCAGAGGGCUCUACCAACCCUCCAGAUUAUACAUAA